UAAACGUACUGUUACAGGCAUUAUGUCGCAACAAACUAAUUUCCGCUCCACAAAAAUGUUGCCGUCGAAACAGUAUUUUGUUGGUCUCGAAUAUGGCAACUCCCCACAAUGUUCCGUUAUUUUUACGAUUAUUAGCGUCGCAGCAUUCAUUGAAUUAAUUUUCUUUAUAAAAUACAGAUCCAGGAUAAGAAUAUGUUGGAAAUUAUAUAAACAGUGCUACAGAAUGAAUGUAAUACCGUCGCUAGAGUUGAUUACAGAUGGUGAAAAAGAAGUGGAACAGCAAUCUAUGAAACCAGAAGGACGUCGAUUACGUAGCAGAAGCGUUUCCAUCAAUUCCUCGUCUGGAACCCCAACCAAGUCUCCAACACUGUUUAUCAAUUUGGAUGACGUUGAAACACCAACAAAAACAAAGUAUACCAAAACUCGAUCAUCAGUUGCGAAGAGAAGAUUCUCGGAAAACUUGAAUAGCAAUGAAGAAGCACAUAGUGCCACAGGUGGUCGUCGCCAGCGUUCUUCUUCAUCAUGUUGUACAUUUCUUAAGGCCGAUACUUCCUUUGUAGCUCAACAAGUUACUACGUCCACUAGUCAAGAACAAGCAUCUACCGUCGAUGUCGAUGUACAUGUCAUAUACGGAACCACUUCAAGUUGUUUGCUGAAUGUGAACAAACAAAAAGUGAUGGCAUCGUCUAAACGUAAGAAGAAGUCGCAUAAUACCGAUAGUAUGGUUACAUCAACUGAACCUGGCUGUUCAGAUACAGCUGCUGUUGAUCAGCGUACUUUUGUGGUGCCGGAAACGCCUCCAAAGAAAGUUAAAAAUCCUAAGAUCAAAAUAGAAAAAUUGAAAACUUUGAAGAAUGCUAGAGGAAAACUUGAGCUAAAUAGUCCAAAUGAAAAGAUAAAUAGGCGGGUGGUAAGCAAACGCCUUGCCAAGAAAACAACAAAUAACGAAACGACAUCUCGGUCAACACAAACAGAAAUAACCAUUAAGCUACCAUGUCCAAGCUUUAUGGACAUUGGUGAAUGUCCCAUACAAAUAAUGUGUCCCUAUUUACACUCCGAAUUUCCGUGUAAAUACUUUUGUAUGGGUUUGUCAUGUCCCAACGGUGAUACUUGUCAAUUUCAGCACAAUUCUGAAUUAAAUGACAGCAUGAAGAAUGCGUUAAGGUAUCACAUAAUGCAGUUGUUAUUACAACCAUCUGAAAACGGUGAAUUGGAUUUUAUACAGCAAAUCAAUAAAGAUGAAGUUUUCAAAUUUUUGAAUAUCUUCAAUAAUGAAACGAGUUUUGAUCAGCCAUUUCACUUGGCAAUGAAAGAUCAAGAAGAAAUUAUUAAAAAGCUUACAGUGGAAUCGACGACACAACAUGAAUUGUCAGAAUCACAAGAACUAGCCUUCUUAACACCUCAUCAGCGGAAGCUUUUGUAUGAUUAUAGAAUCACUACAAGAGAUCGUCUUAUGUGCCUUAGCUUGAAGCAAUUACAUGAUUUGAAUAUAAUUCAUGGUAAUUACGUAUUUGAUUUGAUAGAAACUAUCAAUAGGAACAAAGAAAAUGAAAGGGCACAACAUAUAAUCGAUGAAAAUCAUUCCAUGGUUGCCUCGGAAGAGGUUAUUGAAAUUGAUGACGAAGACUCCAGAUUGAUUAUUGAUGAAAACGGAGCAGAGAUUCAUAGUGUACCCGAGACAACUGGAAAUAAUAACAUUGAGCCAGACAAUUUGGAUGAGGGAUGCCAUUUGAUACGCGAAUUAGAUGCAAAGAAUCCAGAAAUUCCUCAAGUCAAAGAUGACACAAUAAUAAAGAAUGACACAAUAACCGCAUCUAAUCAUACUUUAAAUAACGACUGUAUUGUCCUGCAUGAGGACAAUUCAAAAAUGACCGAUGACCAAAUUCUUACUUCAGAUAACAUUGAAACCCAGUUUGAUGUGGCAAAUGAAACUGUGGAUGAUUUUACCGAGCAAGAUGAACGUGUAUUAGUUGUUUCACCAAUACCAAGUGAAAAAGAAAAUUGCAAUAGUAAUGAUAAGAAUUGCAUGGCUGAUCCAGUAGAGUUAGUCUCUAACGAGUUAAACAAUUCGGUUAGUUACAAAAAUGAGAAAACUAUGCCUAACUCUAGCGAAAAAGAUGAACUUUUAGUAGACUGUGUAUUAAGCCCAUGCGAACAGCAAACAAUUGAUGAAUUUAUUGUUCCAAGACUACAAGAAGAGACGGAAGACGACCUACACGAAGAUGUUGCAUCUCCACCAUAUGAAAACAUUUCCCAAUCUACGGAAAGUGCUUUGCAAACAGAUGUUUGUAAUGUCACACCAAUAGGUAACGGAAGAUGCCGUUUAAGGUCUGAUCCUAGAAUAAAAAAUCUGGCUGCUCCUCAUAGUCAGCCAUCAGACGAAAGCAAACCAUUUUUAUCCGUGGAUUAUAAACCGCGGAAACUAAAAAUUCAUAAAAGAAAAGACCAUCAAGCAAAUAAUAAUCGGAAAAGCGAUUGCGAAAAAGAUUUGGAAGAAACAAGUUCCAAAGAAAUAAUAGUCAUAAAAGAUGCCAACGAAAAUUCCCUGCAGGUUGAAUUAAAAAAUGCAGCAGAUAAUGUAGAAGCUAUGAUGUCAGCGCUAUACAACGACGAAGUUCAAAACGAUGAUAACGUGACCACAGAAUAUUCUAUCCAAGAGGAUCUUUCCAGUGACGUAGAUAGUAAUGAUCUGACAAUACACAAAAUAACUCAAACAACAAAGGGUCGUGGUAAGAACGAACGUAGCAAAAUUGUUACGGUAAAGAUGACAGCAGGUCUGCCAAAAAUAAAACGAUUAAAAUCGACUAAAAAUAUUACUAUAACAAAGGCAAAUGUUAAACGGCGUGUGUCAUUUGAUAUACAUACCGACACCACAGGACAAACUCAGAAACAGAUUAUUGUUACCAACAACAAGUGCCAAAGAGGAAAAAAGAGAGUAGGUCCUAUAAAUGAUAAGGUAGACGACACAUGUGUGACAACUCCCGAAAAAAUAAAGAAAAUUGAUUCUUCCAAUAACAGGGAAACAAUGAAGGAUAAAUCAACUAAUAACAAGAAUGAGGAUUUUGAUGAUAUAAGUACCACGGACUACAAUUCUUCGAGUGAUGAAAGACAACAGUCAAAAUCAAAACUUCAACAUGAACAAUACCAUAAAUCCCAAAAGCAAUCCUGCCAAUCAACAGAGACUGAUGAAGAGAAUUUAUGUUUGCAAAAUGAGGAAAAUAAAAAGUCAAGAAAAACUGUUACAAGCAACAAGGAAGACGAACAUAAACAACAUGGUCCUACAUCAUCCAAAUCGAAUAAUAAAUCGUGCUAUGAAGUGAAUUUACGUUCAUCGGAACAUGUGAUUGAUAACAAACAAGGGUCGCUCCAAGGAAAAAACGUACACCUUAUCACAAGCGAAGGUGCUAUUGUUAAGUACGAUGCUGCUUCCAAUAAUGAGAAUAUCGAACAGGAAAAUGACAAUGUUGAAUAUUAUAAAUACUCGACAGUGUAUGCCAAAAUAUCCACUAAAAAGAUGCCAAAACUCCAAGUCGACUUUGAAAAAACACCACACAACGUAACACCAAUAGCUUCACCAACUUAUGAUAACUUUGAAACCAUUGCUAGUCCAUCACCUGUAAGGUCGGAUGAUACAAGGGGACUGUUGGUUGCCACCACCGAUUAUCUGUGUGAAGAAAUUGAUGCGCGUUUAACAUUUCCGUAUAUGCCAUACAUUCUAUAUGAAGUAGAUUUAUCCGGUCUAACUGUAAAUAAGCCAAAUAAUAUUGAUAAACUAGUGAAGACCACCUAUUUGGAUCCAAGGAUAUUUCGACGUGAUACGAAGGCCAUAGGAAGUAACAUUAUCCAUCAUCGUCAAACCCAACCUCAAGCAGCGACUUCUAUGUCUUAUGAACAACCAAUAACGAUGACACCAACAGCCGUACCUACCACGCCAACUUACCCCACAUUUUCCCACAAUGAUCCACGAAAUCGUACAGUGCAUCAGGCAAAUUCAAUUCAUGCACAAAAGUCCAUGGUGUCUUAUAAUUCAAAUCCAUCCUUGUCGUCCGCCCCAGUCCCAACAUUGGGUGCAAUGCAGCCUUACAUGCCCACAUCAUCUCCGGCUACCAUAGAUAUGGUAACCACUCAAAUAAAAACACCAAAUAUGAUUUUAUAUGAAAGUAUUCAGAGCUCCACCUGGUAUCAUAACCUAGCAAGUUCUCAGAAAAUGCAAGUAAAUCAAACAGUUACCCAUUUGAUAAGCGCUUUAAAUAGUUUUCAAAGGGAACGACGUUUGUAUCCCACCUUAGUUUUUGACAUUUUCAAACUUGAAAAUGCCAUUGAACUCUUGGACAUAAUGAAAAAUUUGGGAUUGGCAAUAGACAUGGAUGGUAAUAUUAUUAAGCAACAAGUCGUUGUUCCAAGUUUUGCAGAUGAUUCAUGCCAGGCUAAACGGGCCACGCAACAACCUUGCAAUGCCACCUACAGCUUUAUACAACAAGUUUUAGCUCCUUCAGCACAAUGUCCAUCCAUGUCACGAAUGUGUAAUUCCCAUGUUCAUGAGCCAUUCCUUAGCUGUUAUGUUCAAACACCAAAACCGGCAGUCCCAACAUGCUGUGGCCAUAAGCAUCAGCAUCAAGAAGAACCAGUACAACAAUGUGCGGUGGAGAACCCACCGUCGGAGGAUAAUAAUAAUGACAAUCGUCGGUUUGGUGGAAACAACAAUAACAAUCAAUUUAGAAGACCCUACAAUCAGAAUCAAUCUCAGAAACCGUAUAACAAUAAUCCCAGAUAUAACAACCCCAGAUUUGUCAAGCCAUCGUAUGGUGGGGGAGCUGGAGGGGAUUCAAAUUCCCCUAACGAAACAACAUCGCCACAAUCACAAUACAAUGGUGGCGGUUUUGGUGGCGGAGGAGGACGUUUUAAUCGACGAGGACAAUAUAACAAUAACAGUGGUGGUGGUGGAUGCGAAGGAGAUUCUUGGUCAUCUUCUACAAACUCUUUUAACAAUAACCGAAAAUUAAAUAGAAACAACUUCCAUAAGAAUUCAAACUUUGAAAAUAAUAACAAUACAUCACCCGGAAGAUCAAAUUCAUCUUCAGGAGGAGGAGGAUUUGAUAAUGAUUCGAAAUGUGUGUCACCACCACCGAGGACACCGCCACGUUCAUCCUCACCACGACCGCCAAUAUCGACCUCACCAGUUCUAAGCUCACCCGUAAAGCAAAAGCCCCAAGUCAGCACUGACGAAGAGUGUUGGGAUUGAACAAAUAACGGCAACAUUUUGAAUUGUAAUAAUUCAUAUUCAUAUAAUUUUCGUUGAAAAAAAAAAAUAUAUAUUUCCAAUUUAAACGUACUUUAAAGAAAAAGUAUAAGAUUAUCAAUAAUUUUAAUUUAUUUUUUUUUAACUUUCCAAACAAAUUUUUUUAAACUUGAAUUAAACAAAUAUCGUCUUUAUGUUCCUUUAAUUUGUUUUUGCUUAUGAAUAAAAAGCAUUUAUUUUAAAUACACAAAA